UUCCGUUGAGCAGAGUAGCCAACACGCCGCUAUCUACCAGUCGGAUUCGCUAAGCUGGACCAUCAACGUAACGUUAGUAGUUGCAUUUUCAGGAGAAUAAUUUGUACUGGGAACUACGAAUAACGGGGGAUGGCUCUUUAAAGUCGACAUUAAGAUGUGUGUGAUCUGCCUUUGGGUAGAGCUAAAGAGGGAACCCGAGUUGAAGACUAGCUAACCCACGGAUGGCCUGCCAGUCUGCACCAGCCAUCAUGGAUGAGCAAGCACUGCUGGGGUUGAACCCCAAUGCAGAUGCGUGUUAUCGACAAAGGGCACUGGCAUAUUUCGAGCAACUGAAAGAAUCUCAGGAUGCUUGGGAGGUGUGUGCCGAAGCCCUGGCUAAAGGCAUUUACAGUGACGACCAUGUGAAGUUCUUCUGCUUCCAAGUGUUGGAGCAUCAGAUCAAAUACAGGCAUGGAGUCCUGAAUGCAGCCCAGCAGCAGCUCAUCAGGGAAACACUGAUGAAGUGGCUCCAGACACAGCUGAUGAACAUGCACCAGGAGAAGCCUUUCAUCCGGAACAAGGCAGCGCAGGUGUUGGCCCUGACCUUCGUGAGGGAGUACCUGACCCACUGGCCUAAGUUCUUCUUUGACAUCCUCACCCUGAUCGGGCUCAACCCUCACGGCGUCGACAUCUACCUGCGCACCCUCAUGGCCAUCGACGCAGAGGUGGUCGACCGAGACAUCAUGCACUCCCAUGAGGAGGUGCGCCGGAACACCCUGAUCAAAGACGGCAUGCGGGAGCAGUGCAUCCCCAGCCUGGUGGAGUCCUGGUUCCAGAUCCUGCAGGCCUACCAGCAGUCCCACAGCGAGCUCACCUGCCAGUGCCUGGAGGUGGUUGGCGCCUAUGUGUCCUGGAUCGACCUCAACCUCAUUGCCAACGACAGAUUUGUUAACUUGUUGCUGAGUCAGAUGUCUGUGGAGGACCUGAGAGAGGAGGCUUGCGACUGCCUGUUUGAAAUUAUCAACAAAGGCAUGGAUCCUGUUGACAAAACUAAGCUGGUGGAGUCGCUGUGCCAAGUGCUGCAGUCCGCUGGCUUCUUUAACGUGGAACAGGAGGAAGACGUAGACUUCCUGGCCAAGUUCUCACGGCUGGUGAACGGGAUGGGCCAGUCGCUAGUGCUCAGCUGGACCAAGCUCCACAAGACCGGCAACGUCAAGAUCGCCGCGGAAACACUGCGGGCACUGGAGGCCAAGGUGCCACUCAUGCUGCAGCUGCUAGUGCACGAGGAUGAUGACAUCUCGGCCAAUAUCGUGGGCUUCUGCUAUGAGUACCUGCAUGUGCUCAAACAGCUUCCACUUCUCACUGACCAACAGAAAGCCAAUGUGGAGGCUAUCAUGCUGGCGGUCAUGAAGAAACUGACUUACGAUGACGAGUACAACUUCGAAAAUGAGGGAGAGGAUGAGGCCAUGUUUGUGGAGUACCGUAAGCAGCUGAAGAUGCUGCUGGACCGCCUUGCCCAGGUCUCCCCCGAGCUGUUCCUGGGGUCUGUGCGCCGGGUCUUCAACAACUCACUGCAGAGUUGGCAGACUGCUCCCUUCAUGGAGGUGGAGGUGGCCAUCCGGCUGCUGUACAUGCUGGGCGAGGCCCUCCCUGCGUCCCAUGGCGCUCACUUCACCGGGGACGCCACCAAGGCCUCUACCCUGCAGGAAAUGAUGAGGACGCUCAUCAGCAGUGGGGUCAGUGAGUACCAGCACGCAUCUGUGGCGCUGGAGUUCUUUGAGACCGUGGUGCGUUAUGACAAGUUCUUCAUUGUGGAGCCACAGCACAUUCCAAGCGUCCUGAUGGCAUUUUUGGACCACCGCGGUCUGAGGCACAGCAGUCCUAAGGUCAGGAGCCGUGUGGCCUACCUCUUCUCACGCUUCGUCAAAACCUUGCACAAACAUAUGAAUGCCUUCAUUGAGGACAUCCUGAGCAGAAUACAAGAUCUGCUGGAACUGGCUCCUCCGGAGAACGGUUUCCCGGCGCUGCUGACCAACGACGACCAACUUUUCAUCUUCGAAACGGCGGGCGUGCUGAUCGUGUAUGGCGAGAGCCCGGCGGAGCGCAAGCAGGCGCUGAUGCGCAGCCUCUUGAACCCGCUGAUCGACGGCUUCGGCCUGCUGCUCGCCAAGCUGCCGCAGGAGGCCGACGAGGAGCGGCAGACGGUGCUCGCAGACUGUCUCAGCCACGCCGUCGGCUUCGCCAGCCGCACCAGCAAGGCCUUCAGCAACAAGCAGACGGUGAAGACGUGCGGCUGCACGGAGGUGUACCGCGACUGCCUGCACGCUUUCCUGCCGGCGCUGAGCUGCCCAGUGCAGAGGGCCCCCCUGCGCAGCGCCGUGCGCUCCUUCCUCCACCGCAUGAUCAUCUGCCUGGAGGAAGAGGUGCUGCCCUUCAUCCCCGCCGCCUCCGAGCACAUGCUCAAGGACUGCGAGCCCAAGGACCUGCAGGAGUUCAUUCCCCUCAUCAGCCAGAUCACCGCCAAGUUCAAGGGCCAAGUGUCUCCAUUCCUGCAGCAGGUUUUCAUGCCGCUGGUGCUGGCCAUCUUUGAGGUUCUGGGCCGGCCGGCGGAGGAGAACGACCAGACGGCAGCGCUGGAAAAGCAGAUGCUCCGGAGGAGCUACUUCGCCUUCAUCCAGACCAUCACGGGCAGCGGCAUGAACGAGGUCAUGGCCAACCAGGGCGCUGAGAAUGUGGAGCGAGUGCUGUUCACCAUCAUUCAGGGGGCAGUGGACUUCCCCGACCCCAUUGCCCAGAAGACCUGCUUCAUCAUCCUCACCAAGCUUGUGGAGCUCUGGGGAGGCAAAGACGGCCUGGUCGGAUUUCCAGACUUUAUCUACAAGCACAUCGUGCCAGCAUGCUUCCUGGCUCCCCUCAAACCGACCUUCGACCUCUCUGAUGCCCAGACUGUCCUAACACUAUCAGAGAUAACACUGACCUUGAAAAUGAUUCAUCUCAAGAGGGGGCCUGAGUUCAUUCAGUUUCUCCAGCAGGAGUACCUUCCCUCCCUACAAGUAUCAGCAGAUAUCACACAGGAACUCUGUCAAGUGCUUCAGCAGCCUGAUGUCAAGGUUUUGAAAAACUACAUGAAGGCAUUCUUUCAGCGCGGCAAACUGUAAAAACUGGAUGUUGAAAACGACGGUUGAAAGGACACUAAAGGGGAAAAGAGCGGUCAUCCGUGCCACUUACAACAAAACAGACAGAGCUUAGCAUAGGAGCUGCUUCAGCACUUAAAAGCGAAUCGCAUAAUGACGCCCAUCCGAAUCUGGGGGGAACCGUGGUGCCGAUUUAAGGACUUGUGUGGGGAUGGGCUAUCGCUCGCCAGUGUUCUUGCCCCCCUCCAUCGACCUAGGCCCAAUCAAAGACGUGCUCUCCAUGUGGGUGUGGCCGCCUGGCCAGAGGAUGAGCAUGGGGAUUGGUUAACCCACUCAGAGAGACAGGAAACUGUAGUUUGUGGGGAGGGAUAUGGGUAGGGGUGAGUAGAUGCUUCAGUUUGACUGGAAAUUCCAAGGGAAAAUGUCAGAAGCCUAAUAACUGUUGCCUACACACAAAAUGGAGUGAAAACCUGACUUCAAAGUAUCAGCCAAUUUUUCUUUUGUUAGGAUUUAUGAAAAAUACAAAGCUUUAUUGGUUUCAAAUUCUUUGGAAUUUCUAAUGAUGUGCUGGUAUAUAUUUUUGAGUGGUUGGAUAUUGAAGUAAAUCCAUCAUUUUGUGUUAAGAAAGAAAAGGUUGCUUUGAGUUUUUUUUUUUUUUUUUUUUUAAAUGAUUAUUUAAUGUAAUUUUUUUCCUUCCUUUUAAAUGUUGUGAGAAUUGAAUGAAUUAAGGGACGUGAUUUGGCAGACACCUGGUUUGUAGUCCUCUGGCUUCAGAUGCCCCAGUCUUUUCAAGUCAAUAACCCAUCAUACUUUGAAUCCUCCGUCACCGAACAUCAAACUUCGGCCAUACGUCUGUUGUAUCGGCAAAUGCUUCAGAGUAUGAACAAACCAAGGCAAAAUUCUACAUGCAUCCAACAAACCAGCCGCAUUGGUCAAAGAACUCAGAAAUGGUUUCUGCCGAAUCAGUCCCAAAGUAUUAUUUUUUGAGUUUGGAGUGAACUGGGGAAUGUGUGGCAGGAAUGGAGGAAGGCUCAGCUUCUCUUCAGUUGGCCUUGUGGUUGUAAGUGAACCAGCAGCGCAUGCAUGUCGUUAAAUGAUGGGGUAGCGGCUGCUACUACUCCCAUUGCUUGCACCCAUCUCACUCUCCUGUUCAAGCUGUUCAUCAGGUUUCAUGUGCUGUCUGAAGAUCAAAGUGUGAAUCUCUUUGUUAAAUAAAACAACCAGAUCUGUUCAUUGCAUGUGAAAAAUGCAGUGCCACACUUCUGCACCUGUUGUACUACCUGAACUUGUGUUUGUUCAAAAAAGAAAAAGGGAAAAAAAGGACAACACCGCCACCUAACUCCUGCCUUGUUGCUGUGCUGAGUCUACACAGAAUGCCUGCCAAUAAUUGUUCCUUGGAUGAUCACUGUUAACUAAAUCCACGAUGGAGUGUCACAAUAAGAAACCUUGAGCUGGCCACAAUGAUUUCACCCUUGUCUUUGUUUGCACUGUAUCAAACAUGUAUUUAAUUAACCCCAGUUAUAGGGGAGAAAGAUUAAAAGCAAUUUCAAUAUGGUUGCACGACAAAAAAAAAGACAAAAUUUGGUGAAUAUGUUUGACCGCAAAAAAGCGAAAUGUUCCUUGUGAUGAUUUAACCACUGAUGCCCUGUACUGCCCUGUCCACUGUGUUAAAGCAGACCUCAGUGACCCAAGGCUCCGAAUGAUCUGCCUGCUCUAGUUAGCGUGUAUCUUUUAAAAAAUGAUUCUGUAAAACUUUUUGUACAUGGAUUUGUUAUCCUGGGAAAACUGUAAUACAUUAUACUUCUGACAUAAUGUAGAGAGAUUUCUGAUUAGACAAUGCAAGCAAAUAUGCAGUAAUUAGAGUGGGGAUUACUUGGAGCUACAUUAUAGGUCUGAAGACUUUGAUUCCAGUGUUCAUAUAUUUUUUAUUUUACUUUAACAUAGCUCAUGAAAAAGUGUGUGUGUGCGUGGGGUGGAAUAUUUGAGUGUUACAAAGUUAGAAUAGGUCAGGUUCAUAAAUAGGGUUUCAAAGCAAUUUCAAAUGAUCAGUUGCCAUUGACAGCCUUACAAUUUUAUUAUCUUAACACUCGGGCUAAUUUGAAUUAAUGACUCAGAAUAGAUGACUAAGGAUAUUUUCUGUCAGAGUCCUUCAAGUAUCACCAAGUUCAAAUUGUAUCUUAAUGUCUUGGAUGAUUUUACAUGGAAAGACCCGCAUCUUGAAAUUAAUUCUGCUGAUUUGGACUCACCAUAUUGCGUGGCAGUGUAUUGCAGUUCUGAUAAGAUCCCACUGUAUUAAUGCCAAAAAAUAUUAAUGGAUUUGCCUCAUUCUGAAUUGAAACGUCUCUGUGAAUACUUGAUUUAUUUUUGAUAUGUUGGGAAAAACUUUCACAAUUUGUCAAUCUCUUGUCCCCACCAAUAAAGUGUUUACUAAUCUUUA